AUGAAUUUCAUUGCUAAGACAUUUAGUACGCUUACGGGUACCUCCAUACCAUACACUAUCAAAGAUAAGAUAGUUGAUCCACUUGCACCAGUCCCCACAACAAUUGACAAACAAUCAAUAUGGACUCUAUACGAUGGUCUUAAUCCUAAAGACAACAACUCACCAGUUUCCAUCUUUGAAUUCAACCUACGCGAACCUUCAAAUAAUCGUCAUAUUCCAUUUGCCAAAAAUGCAUUCAGACAAUUGAAAUUGAUUAAAUUCCCUCAUAUUGUAUCGUGUAUAGAUUUCAUUGAAUCAGAUGCGUUUUUGUACAUUAUAACUGAAAGAAUUGUGCCCUUGGCCACAUAUUUAGAACAACAAAUUGGACAAGAUGCAAAAGUCUGUGGAUUGUAUCAGGUUGCUCAAUCUUUGAAUUUCAUGAAUGAGAAUGCUGGUGUUGCAUAUAUGAAUUUGAAUAAAUAUAAUUCCGUAGUGGUUAAUUCGCAAGGAGAAUGGAAAUUAUUUGGAUUUGAAUUGGUUACGAAGAUUGAUCAGGAAGGUGAAGUGUAUGCUAUGAGAAAUAUCAUGCCUGGAUAUAAUGAUGUCAACGUUGAUGACAACACCAAAGAUUUGAAAAAAGUUGAUGCAUACAGGUUUGGUGCAUUUAUAUUAUAUGUAUUCGGUAUUGAAAAUGUAGAAAGAUUGCCUGGAAGAUUAGCUGGUAUUGUGAAGAAACUAUUGAGUAGUAAACCGAACUUGAGAAUUCCAAUUAAUCGUUAUCUUAAAGAAUUGGAAUCAUAUCACGCAUCAAAUGUGAUUAUCAAAUUUAACGAGCAAUUAACUGAAUUGAAGUUUCUACCAGAACAAGAAAAAUUGGCAUUCUUUAGAUAUACAUUACCUGAAUAUUUGGAGGCAGAGUCUGAAUUUCCUCCAGGAUUAUUAAACUAUAAAUUAUUACCGGAAAUGAUUGCACAGUUCAAUGAUAUUUCCAAGAAAGCCCAAACUGGUAUUGAUUUAGAAAGACAAGAAGUGUUAUCUGGAAUGCUUAACCUUAUCAUAAAGUUUGGAAUCAAGCUUCAAGCAGAUGAGUUUAAUAAACUUAUCAAACCAAUCAUUAUUUCAAGUUUUUGUCUGAGUGAUCGUUCAAUUAGAAUGACAUUAUUGAACCAUUUGCCUGACUACCAUUCAUUCUUAUCCGAUCUGGAGGUACAGAAUCAAAUAUUUGCUAAUUUGAUAACUGGAUUCCAAGAUACGAAUUUCUUAAUUCGUGAAACUACCUUGAAAUCUAUCACCAUCAUCAUAGACAAAAUCUCCGUCAAACAAGUCAAUCAAGAUUUACUCAGAAUCUUAGCAAAAUCGCAAAUGGAUCCAAAGCCUUCAAUUCGUGUAAAUACACUUAUCUUAAUUAUCAAAAUUUCCUCCAAAAUCUACUCCACUUCAAAGAAUAACGUAUUAAUCACUGCAUUGGCAAAAUCAUUAAGAGACACGUUUACUCCGUGUAAAUUAACUGCUUUACAAGGGUUUGAAAGCUUGAAAUCGGAUUUCUCGAUGGAAGAAAUCUGUUCCAAAAUUUUAGGACACUUAGCAAUCGCAUUAAUGGAUCCAAAAUCAACUAAAGUAAGAAACGAAGCCAGAAGAAUAUUUCAAAUUUAUUUACAAGCAGUUGAAGAACAUGCUGGAGAUUUGGAUGGCAUGGAUGAAGAAGAUGAAGAUGCUGAAGAGCGGGAAUUUUUCAAGAAAUUUGCCCCCGCAACCUCUCCCUCAAAGGAAGUCAUUAGCGAUGUAUCUGGGGAUGGUAGUCCUGCGGAUCCUGCAACUGGUGGGGCUUCUAGUAUGUGGGGAAUGAUGAGUAAAUUAACUUCAUUCGGUUCGGGCGCGGUUACAGGCGGUGAGUUGAAUCAGAACUUUGAUAGAUCCACUCCAGAUCUAACAAAAACGGAACCUCCAACAAUGGCCCCGUUGUCAACUACGGUGGUUGAAGAUAUUGCCGAGGAAGGGAACGGCUGGGAUGAUUUCAAUGAUGCCUGGAAUCAAGAGGAGAAUGAAAUUGUAGCUGAAACGAAAAAGCUUAGUAUUGAACCUAAGCCAGCUAGAAGAUUACCCCAACCAACAAAGGGGCCACUGCCCUCGUUGCGAACCUCCACUAGAACCCCUGUGAAAGCAAGUGGGUUAAGAUUGGGGAGUGCGUCCAAAUCUAGACCUAAGCCUAAAAUAGAUUUACAACUUAAAGUAGAAGACGAUGAUGCCGAGGAUGGAUGGGGAGACGGCUGGUAG